GAAGAAGGAGGAGUUAGUCGUCAGGAGUCAGUAGUCAGUAACGCGCCGCCGCCGCCGUCGACGACGGACGACGACCAACGGGCGGGAGAAAGAGGAGGAGGAGGGGGGGGGACCGACGAGCGGCGGCCGAGGACGACGACGACGCCGCCGCCGCCAACAGCAACAACAACACUAUGGAAGUGCAAUAAAAAAGUUCAUCUGAUAUCUUGUGUGGCAAUUCCACAGAAAAGAUAAGGCCAAAGCCUCUUCUGCUGAAUCUUCUUCAUGAAGCAGGUGCAUCAGGAGAAAUUUUCACAUUGAAGGAGGUAAUGCAUUAUCUCGGCCAGUAUAUAAUGUUAAAGCAACUUUAUGAUAAACAGCAGCAGCAUAUAGUAUAUUGCGGAAAUGAUCCCCUGGGUAAAGUAUUUGGAGUCGAGAGCUUCUCUGUUAAAGUUCCCAGCCAAUUGUAUGAAAUGCUUUCAAGGAACCUAAUAGCUUUGAACUUUCACGAUGCUGCUCAGACUCGUACACUUGUAAAGGAAACGAAUUGCCUGCCUCUGAGGGAAGAACACCUGAAGUGCCUGACAGGAGAGACGAGUGAAGGAGAAACUGUCUGCAUAGUACCAAAUUCAGCUACCUCACAUUUGAAAAGAAAGAACUCUGAAUCAGAUGACUUGGAUGCAGAUGAUCAACCUGAACUUCAGUCUAAAAGGCAGAGAAGCGAGAGUGUUUCAGAUCACUGGGACGCAGCAGGAUUGCCUUGGUGGUUUAUAAAAAGUUUGCAAAGUAACUAUGGAAGUAGAAAAAGUGGAUCGACAGAUAUUCAUAGUAACCAGGAUAUAGACACUGCCAUUGUAUCCGACUCCACUGAUGAUCUGUGGUUUCUGAAUGAACCCGACCACGAUCAAGCCAAUGUAGAAAUCAAAGAGGGAGCCAUUCAUCCUAAAGAAAUACGUGACCAAGAGGAGGAGAAAGAGGAAGACAAAAACACAGAUCCCAAAGAGGUUAUUGAAGUUACAAUUUAUGAAGCUGGCGAGGGUCUGUCAUGUUCGGGGCAUGCCACCGACCCUGAAAUCUCAGAUAAAUCUUGGAAGUGCACCAAGUGUGGAGAGGACAAUCCUUCGCAGAAGCAGUAUUGCCUGCAGUGUUGGGCACUCCGUGGCGGGUGGCACCUUAAAUGUCCUAAGCUCACACGUUCCACAUCAGGCCCAUCAAUUGCCAUUGCAGAGAACGAGCCGUAUGAAGGUAUUGAUGUUCCUGACUCCAAGAGAUCCAUCUCGGAGCCAGUGAUUCAGAUUAAAGACCUAAAAUGCAAAGAGAUGGGGAUAAUAAGUACUCCGUGUGCCUCUUCAGAAUCAUUGGAUAGUCUCUCACAACCAUCCACUUCCAGCUUGUGGAGAAGUAGAGAGGAUCUUGAAUCUGUGGGCAAAGAAGCAAAAACUGUAAAGAGAAAAUGCGAGGAUUCCUUGCAAUCCAGAAGGCAACGUUUGGGACCCUGUCUUAUUUGUGGGGUCCGACCCAGAACUGGAAAUAUUAUCCAUAGAAAAUUGUAUAAGCGUAAAAUGCCUUGUCCUGUCUGUGUGCAGCCGAUUAUUAUGGUUAUACAAACUUUUAUCGGGUAAUUAUCGUCAUUAGUUGUAAGUUCCUGUCAAACUGGUUGAAAUGCAUGUGAAGCAUAAAACUCUUCCAACGGUUGAUCAACUUAUCAUUUGACUUUAGUACCAUUUGCAUUGCAAUUUAUAUUUAUUUUUAUUUAUCUUCCUGUAAUUUUCUUUUUCUUCUCUCCAAGUACGGAAAAUAA